GGUUGUGUGUGAGAGACCGAGCAACCGAGCAAGAGAAAGAGAGAAAGAGAAAGCGUGCGCGAGUGAGUGACAGAGUGUGAAGGGGGUAGGGAUCGGUCUAGCGGAAGACGGAGAACAGCUCCACUCAAGAGAAACCGAGAGUGCGCACCAAACGCAUAGCAGACAGGGAAAAUCAUAUUUGGGCUGAACGGUAUGCCACGUUUACCACGGAUGUUGCGGUAGUCAGACUGCCCCUGGGGAGAGGCUCUUGUCAGCGUUUUAUCAUCUCAGGGAUUUCAGAAUGGCUCGGGUGGGAAACGGAGCUGGAAACAAUGACAUUGAUGAGGACUGUUUUGAAGAUGCCUUCGAUCGGAUCCCUGUGGCCUGUAAGAUGGACCUGCAGACAUCCAUUGAGGAGUGCAGCAUGGCCCUUAACCUUGUCCUCAAUAACAAGUUUUCAGAGGCCUUGGAUCUCCUCCGGCCCUGGUCUAAAGACAGCAUGUAUCAUGCACUGGGCUACAGCAGCAUCCUUGUGAUGCAAGCAGCCAUGACCUUUGAGCACAGAGACAUCCAGGCUGCCAUGACGACUAUCAAGGAAGCCCUGCACACUUGCCAGAGGUUCAGAAAGAGAACCUCAGUGGUGGGAUCCAUAUCCAGCCUGGUAACCAAACAAGCCUCAGACAACUUGAAGGAGGAGGAAAUGCAUGCAGAGAUCUGUUAUGCUGAAUGCCUGCUACAAAAAGCCACACUAACCUUUGUACAGGAUGAAAAUAUGAUUAGUUUCAUCAAAGGAGGAAUCAAGAUCCGCACAAGUUACCAGAUUUACAAGGACUGCCAACACCUCUUGAGCGCGGCUCAGGAGGGCGGCGCGGAAACAGAGGCCUUAAGACAGUUUGAGGGUGGAGUCAAGCUGGGGAUUGGCUCCUUCAACCUGAUGCUGUCUCUUUUACCAGCAAAAAUACUGAGGCUGUUGGAGGUCAUCGGGUUUUCAGGAAACAGGGAGUUUGGUCUUUCUCAGUUGAAGGAGGGGGCAGGUAGCAACGGCCUGAGGUCCAUACUGAGCGUGCUCACACUGCUCUUCUACCACACCUACGUUUGCCUCAUACUGGGUACUGGUGAGGGUAACUUGGUCGAGGCAGAGGCCCUAUUGGAGCCUUACCAGGAAAAAUUCCCAAAGGGUUCCAUCAUCCUGUUCUACACAGCCAGGAUUGCUACACUCAGGGGCAACUUUGAGAAGGCUCAGUUGAAGUUCCAGGAGUGUAUUGGUGCACAGCAGCAGUGGCGACAGAUCCACCACCUGUGCUACUGGGAACUGAUGUGGUGUCACUCAUUCCAGCAACAGUGGGGACAAGCACUCAAGUACGCAGACCUGCUCUUCAAGGAGAGCCGCUGGUCCAAGGCAAUCUAUAUGUACCAGAAGGCGGCCAUUUUGAGCAUGAUGUCGGAGGAGGAAGUGCGUCAGACUGGUGAGAAUGUGGUGGAGCUCUUCAGGCAGGUUGAAGGGCUGAAACAGCGUUUAGCAGGGAAAUCCAUCCCCAUUGAAAAGUUUGCUGUGAGGAAGGCUCGGAGAUAUGCAUCACCCACACCUGUCAAACUGGUCAUUCCUGCCCUGGAGAUGAUGUAUAUAUGGAAUGGCUUCACCAUUGCUGGAAAGAGGUCAGAUGCUGCGGAGGCCCUCCUGAUCACCAUCGAGAAAGCAGAGCAGAACCUACGCACCACCCCCAAUGAGUACACUGUGGAUGACGAGUGUUUGGUGCAGCUGUUGAAGGGUUUGUGCCUGAAGCACCUGAAUCGGCUACUGCAGGCAGAGCUCUGUUUCACACAGGUGCUGGCUAGUGAGAAGAGGAUCCGAUACGAUCACUAUCUUGUUCCCUUCACACUCUAUGAGCUUGGGUUACUUUACAAACUACAGGGGGAUUUCGCCAAAGCAACCAAAUACGUUGAAGAUGCAAAGUUGAACUACAAAGAUUACUCCAUGGAAUCACGACUCCACUUUAGAAUCCACGCAGCGCUGAACAGUCUGAAGAGCUCCCCAGUGAGCACACCAUAACACACAAAGACACACCAACACACACACACCAUAACACACAAAGACACACCAACACACACACACCAUAACACACCCAGACACACCAACACACACACACCAUAACACACCCAGACACACCAACACACACACAUAAGCCAUUCUAGCCAUCUAGCCAGCAAUUCAUUACUCUGCUGCACCUACAGGGCUUCUGGAUGGGUGCAAUGAGUCAUUCUCACCAAAGAAAGACAAAUGCUUGAA